AUAACUGAAAUAUCCAUCCAUCUUCUACCGCUUUAUCUAACACAGGAGGGUCGUGGGGUGGUGCUGUGUCAAUCUUAGCUGACAUAGGGUGAUAGGCGGGGUUCGCUGAUAGUCAGUUUCGCCAGUCCAUUGCAAGGCUACAUAGAGAGAAACAACCAUUCAUUCUCACACUCGCACUUACGGUCAAUUUAGACAGUCCAAUUUACCUUGUCCCCAUAUUGCAUGUUUUUGGAGUGGGAGGGAGCCGGAGACCCCGGAGGAAACCCACGCACACACAGGGAGAACAUGCAAACUCCAUGCAGAACAUUUUGGAUUUUGCAGUUUGAAAGUGAGUCGAGUCUAGGAUGAUUCACCAACAAGUAGUUUAUGUAGUUUGCAAUUUUCAAAUAAGUGAGGCUCCAUAAAAGUCUAUUAUAUUGUGAAAGUUCAUUAUGUCUUCUGAUUGGAACUAACAAAACUAAAUUUUUACGCAUUUACACAUUGUGUAGUUUUUACCGAAAGUAGAAAAGUUCCAAAUCAUGACAUAACAUUAAAAUAAUUUUGUAUGGCAAAAUUGCAACAUAUAUGAACUUGAGACAUGCAGUAAACAUUUCAAACGUCUCUAAGCAAUAUGCAAAAUUACCAAUUUUCAACUGAUUAUGAUAUGGCAAGUUGUCUUACUGACAAGGAAAUUAGUCAGGAAAAAAGGUGCCACUUGAACUUAAAGGAUCAUAUUGCAAUAAUACUGUAUGAUCUCCACUCUCUCAGACUCUCACAGUACACCUCCCAGGGCUGUAAUUGGCAGCUUUUCAAAGGAGUGGUGAAUGAAGGAGUCAUUGGUGGCAGUUAAAUGUAAUUCCCUGUACAAUUUCUGUCUUUUAUCAUCCACUUCCUCAGUUGUCAUUCUUUGGCAGUGACCAGGUCUCCUGGGUUUUUGCUUUUUUGUCUCCCUGCAGGCUUCAUACGACGCCCGAGUACAGAGGCCAUUCCCCCGCUGUGACAUGGAUGUUGGCAUUGAAGUUGUCCUCCCCAGGGUCAGAGGUCAGGGUGAAGAGCCUGCAUGGACACAGAGGGAUACUGAAUGAAGAUGCACCGAUUCACCUCCAUACUGAAGUGGUUUUCUUUCCAUCUACAACUCCCGAGUCUUGGAGAGGGGGAGGAGUCCUGGCGCUCCAGAUGGCGCUUGGGAUCAGGUGGAUAGAGAAAUCUGCCCAGCGUAGAGAGGAGAGGCUGCUGAGCUCCACAUACAGGAAGCAGUGAACGCAACACCAGGCAGCUCAUCACCGGCGCCGACUCUUCCACUGGGAUUUCACCGGACUAACCCGCCGACUGCUGGCCGGUCCCGGUCCAAGCUCCAGCUGUGGAUCUGUGACGUGAAAUCACUCUGCAGAAGAAUCUGAAGCAACGGAUUAAUUCACUUAAGAGGAAGACAGAAGACGGCAGGAUGCUCUGGCCGCUGCUCUGUCUGCUUCCUCUGGCGGGCUGCGGCGCGGCGGUCCCUCAGAACACCACAUACAAAGAAGGACUGGAUUAUGAGGCAGUUGCCGUAACAACGAGGCCUUACAUCUUCAACUGCCGCUCACCCAGCAUGGAGGAUUUCACCUGCUGGUGGCUCCCACUGGACAACCUGACGGACGUCACCUACGUCCUCACCUACAACAUAGAAAAGGGGCCCGCACUCGAAUGUCCCGACUACACGGCAGCCGGUCCCAGCAGCUGCCACUUUGACAAAAGCCACACAUACGUCUGGAAGGUCUACUGUAUGAACGUGACCGCCAUCGCCGCCCAGAGGAACUACACUUCCCAUCAGCACUGCCUGGACGUGGCAGAUAUAGUUCAGACCGAAGCUCCCGUUAACUUGACCUACUCGCUGACAGACGCCGGUGGGCACGAACUGGGCCACAGUGCACUGCUGUCCUGGCAGUACCCGGUGCCCUCGCACCUCCAGUACGGCUGGAUCACGCUGCUCUACGAGCUGCAGUACAGACGCGUCACUGAACCCGACAACUGGAAGGUGAAGUACCCGCUGCGCGAGCCUCAUGUGACGCUGCUCGGCCUUCCUCUCGGCAACUAUGUGAUCAGAGUGCGCUGCCGUUCAAAGAACUACGGCUUGUGGAGCAAAUGGAGCCUCACGCUCAUUAUGAGCGUUCCCUCCAAGACGCCCACAGGAAAACUGCUGGGGCUGAUUCUGGUGAUGGGCGUUGGUGUCGUGGCUCUGCUGGUUAUCGCCUUUGGUUUUGUUCCACAGAGUAGAAGGUUAAAGGAGUAUUUCCUGCCGCCAAUCCCGAAACCUCGGAUCCUGGGCAUCGACCCUCUGCUCCUGAAGAAGGGGCAUCUGGAUGAAAUCAACUUCCACCUCAGUAACUUCCACAGUUACACACCGCCGAGCUACACCAAGGAAAUCUGGGAGCAGGUCAGUGUGGACAGCAUUUGUCUCACCACACCGAAAGACUCCGGCGUUCCCGCAGACUCCACGGACGAGGAGAAAGUGUCUCUGAUCGUUCCGUGCGACGCGAAGCCCGUCGCUGCUCGCCGUGAGUUCGCGAACCAAAACCCAGCGUCAUACGUGCAGAGUCUGUCGCCCUAUUGCUCCUCACUUCCAGGAGCCUUUGCUCCACCACUGCUCAUCCCCGCUGCCCUGCCCCGACCUGAGCUGCAGGACUACAAUGUGAUCGUACAAGAAGACUCACUCGCCGCACCUGCUGUCGCCACCGACCGCACGCCGCCCGAUCUGUACACCUGUGUCCACCUCGUCAACGACAGCAGUCAGCUGCAUCUGGUGCCGUACAUCGCGAUGCCGUACUGCAGGGAGUUCCCGACUCUGCCCGGCGACGGUUCAAACAGAGGUGAAAAGGAAGAGGAGAAGCUAGCGGAACACCACGUCAGGGCCUGUUUAAUGAAAUCGAGGGAUGACGGCAAGGCCGAGAUGAGCGAGGCGUCUGUCCCUCUGCUGCCUGUUGCUGUUGACAACAAGUGCUAAACUUUAGCACUAUGAUGAACACUGCAGGAUGUGCUGGAAUAUGGUAAACUGUUGCCAAGAUGCUCAGAGUGAAUCAGCUUUAAAGCUUGAAAAUAUCCCAAUCCCAGUUCAACGAACUCUACAGGAGAAUGUUUCUGUUGCAAUAACGUGUUGCAUUGAGGUGACAAACUCUGGACCGUGACCUUUUUCUGUCUUUGAAGUCUUUUAUCCCACACAGAAGCCGUUAAUACCUUUCACAGUCUGAGUCUGUGGUUUAUUAGAGCCACAGGUGACCGAGAUUUUAAGAUUUUCACGAUGACAUUGCGGGUGAAAAGAACGUGAAAUUUCAAAAAGGAGAGGGUUGUAAAUUUGCCUCCUGUGUAUAAAAAAAAACACAAAAAAAUAACAAAAACAGUAUCUGUCAAACCUCUCAUUUAGGGUUGUGUAUCAUUCUCAGGAUAAAAACAGAAAAACUGCAACGUCAUGUUCCUCAUGUUCCCCCUCAUGUUGCUCUGUUGGUUAUGCAGCGAGGCGACCGCUAGCCUUCCCCGUCCUGCACUUAACCAAGUGUUUCACACAAGACAAUAAGCUGCUUUUCAUAUAUUAGUUUUCCUGCUGUGGUUUCUAUGUGUCGUCAUACAAACAGUUGCUGUUCAACUCACAAAGAAAUUGCAUUUGAAAUCCUGUUAAUAUUACCAUUUUUCUGGUAGUUUCCAAAUUAUUUAUAUCUGUUGUCGUGCCCUUAAAAGCCCAGUUAUCUUUUUUUCUUUUUUUUCAUCCCAGACGGUGUCUCUUACAAACCUCUGUGUCUUUUGCGUCGCUAAACAAGCUCACAUAGAAAUUACAUAUUAAAUCCUGAAAGAAUCCUGUUAAUAUUACCAUAUUUCUGAUAUUUUUUAUGUUUUUGUACACUACAUGUUGAGAUACUCGCAUGUGCCAGCUCAUUAUAGUCCAGAGGAACACCUGGUACGACCCUCCACUUGUGCCACAU